GUAAAAGUUUUUGUUUCAUCGUUCAUUCGUUCCCCUUUCCCAAAAAAAGUUUCCGUUUCGAAAUCAAUCAUUGUCACCCGGAAACCGGAAUUGCGUCAGCAUUGGGUGUCCACUUAUCCUUAUCUUUCGAGAUGAUCUGGCCCGUUACGUCUCUGGCGGUGCUAUGCCUUCUCCAUCAGUUUUAUUUUCAGUACUUCAAUUGACUCUCCCCAUCCCCUACUGUUACCCAGCCUUCUUCAUCUGCGGAGAGAAUAUUACCCCCUUUCAAAAUUUCUGAUUAGAAAUGGCGGAACCAAAGAUCUUUGAACUAAACAAUGGCACCAUGCAAGUCAAAGUCUCCAACUUUGGGUGCACUAUUCUUUCCUUGUCUGUACCAGAUAAAGAUGGGAAUUUGGUUGAUGUGGUGCUUGGAUUUGAUACUCUUGAACCCUACACGAAAGGAGCUGCACCCUAUUUUGGCUGCAUUGUUGGCCGGGUGGCCAAUAGGAUCAAAGAUGGGAAGUUUACUCUUAAUGGGGUUGAAUACUCUAUUGCUAUUAACAAGCCACCUAACAGUCUUCAUGGUGGGCACAAGGGGUAUGACAAGGUUAUAUGGGAGGUCACUGACCAGAAGCAGGGUGAAAAUCCAUCAAUCACCUUUGCAUAUCAUAGCCAUGAUGGUGAAGAAGGUUACCCAGGAGAUCUCUCAGUCACUGCUACUUACACACUCACUUCUAAGACAGCAUUGAGGCUUGACAUGGUAGCAGUCCCCCAAAACAAGCCUACUCCUGUCAGCUUGGCUCAACACACCUACUGGAACUUGGCUGGCCACAGUUCUGGUGACAUCCUUGAACACACUGCUCAGUUAUGGGCAAAUCAUGUCACUCCUGUUGAUCAAAACACCAUCCCAACCGGUGAAAUAGUACCGGUCAAAGGCACCCCAUUUGACUUCACAACUGAAAAGAAGAUUGGGCGUGACAUCCAACAGGUUGGUUUAGGAUAUGACCACAAUUACGUGCUCGACUAUGGAGAUGAGUUGAAAGAGGGCUGGCUGAAACAUGCUGCAAAGAUCAAAGAUCCCAAGAGCUCAAGGGUUCUUAACCUGUGGACCAAUGCACCUGGCAUGCAGUUCUAUACUGCUAACUAUGUUAAUGGGAUUGUUGGUAAAGGCGGAGCUGUAUAUAAUAAGCACGCCGGCGUUUGUUUAGAGACACAAGGUUUCCCGAAUGCCAUCAAUACACCAAAUUUCCCAUCCGUUGUUGUUCAACCCGGGGGGGAGUACAAGCACACCAUGCUGUAUGAGUUUUCAGUCGAGUAAGACGAGCUUCUGAUUAAGUAAAUAUAACAAUAAUAAAUUUACUCCUAGAAUAUGCACUAUAUAGGUUUAUAAGUGAAUAUUUUAGGGGUACAAGAUAAUGAUGGGCUACUAAAUUGUACUGUUAUUGUACUCUUUUAGAUCCCCAUUAUUGAAAUUUUAUUUCAAUUUUUUGGCAUCUGUCUUUUCUCAUCCAUUUCAGAUUGUGAGUUUGUGAUACCAGAGUUUGAAUCGGAAUAAAAUUCAAAAACAGAAAAGUAGAACGGAGUUUUAGUGAAAAGUCUGCCUUUAUGUGCCAAAGGCAAUAAUGAUUACAAAAACAUAGUUAAAUCUGUCAAAAAGUCUGGCCUUUGUCUGGUCUAUUUAAAUCUGGUCUAUCUGGUCUGGUCUGUUUAAGUAUGGUCUGGGACUAAAAACAGUCUAAGUAAAAACGGUAUUAAAUGGAGUAUUUAAUUCGGUUCUUAUGUAUUCCCUAUUAUCCUGCAACAAUGCAUGAUCUAGCUCAAUGACAAUUGGCAUGGUAGGUCGGCCCACUUG